AAAAAAUAGUAAAACGAUAGUAACUCCAAAGCAAAAUAUUAUCCCGAGUAAAACGUGUCGCCAGCUGACUGUUUGUUUACUGGCCUUGGCGGAUGUGAAUGACUGCGGUUGACUGGCUCGCUCAAGGCCCCACGGUCGCUACAGUCAUCUCCAAAAGCUGCAGUUCAUCUUGAGAAAAGUUUUAUAGUACAAAAUCGUGCAAAAAUGACCUCUAAGAAAGCUUCGGAUGUGAGCAAAAGAGAGGUGAAUGUAACAGGAAUGUCAUUUCUGCGAGGAUCAGCCAACUAUGUCUGGUGUACGACUUCUGUCUUGGGGAAGGGGGCCACAGGAGCCGUCUUUCAGGGCGUUAACAGGCACACGGGAGAACCAGUUGCCGUCAAAACGUUUAAUCAGCUCUCACACAUGCGACCACAUGAGGUACAGAUGCGUGAGUUUGAAGUACUUAAGAAGGUCAACCAUGAGAAUAUUGUAAAACUCCUUGCUAUAGAAGAAGAGCAAGAAGGACGGGGGAAGGUGAUUGUGAUGGAGCUUUGUACCGGAGGCUCGCUCUUCAACAUUCUGGACGAUCCAGAAAAUAGUCAUGGCCUAGAGGAGGACGAGUUUAUCUUGGUGCUUUCACAUCUUGCUGCAGGGAUGAAACACUUGAGGGAUAAUAGUCUUGUACAUCGGGAUCUCAAACCCGGGAACAUAAUGAAGUUUACAGACGUUGAUGGGUCUACUAUUUAUAAGCUAACAGAUUUUGGUGCCGCUCGAGAAUUACAGGAUGACCAGCAAUUCAUGUCUCUCUAUGGAACUGAAGAGUAUUUGCACCCUGACAUGUAUGAACGUGCAGUGCUCAGAAAACCUGUCGGAAAGACCUUUGGAGCCAGGGUGGAUCUGUGGUCAAUAGGUGUGACACUUUACCACGUAGCCACAGGACAGCUUCCUUUUCGCCCGUAUGGAGGUCGGCGUAACAAAGAGACCAUGUACCACAUAACAACGGAGAAGGCCCCAGGAGUCAUAUCAGGUGUACAGACUUCAGAAAAUGGGCCAAUUGACUGGUGCACAGAGCUCCCUGAAACUUGCCAAUUGAGCCUGGGGCUUCGUAAGUUGGUGACUCCCCUACUAGCAGGCCUUCUUGAAGUUGACCCCCAGAGGAUGUGGAACUUUGAGAGGUUCUUCCAGGAAGUUACAAUGAUAUUGAGCAAGAAAGUGGUUCAUAUCUUCUUUGUAAACAAGGUGCAACCUCUUACAGUAUACAUGGAUCCAGAACACAGGUAUGAAGAACUGCAAUACUUGAUAUGUGAACAGACAGACAUGAAUCCAGUCAACCAACUUCUCCUCUAUGACAAGAAACACUUGAGUGACAUUGUGGCUCCAGACCAGCCAUCAUCAUCUUAUCCAUCAACAACUCCUCGAACACCAUUGGUUCUCUUCUCAAAACAAGAUGAUGACAUCACACUCACUCUGCCAGAAACCCCAGCUGUCAAAUUUGGAAGCUUCCCAACCUUGGUAAGUGUAGAACAUGAUGCUGCAGUGGGCAAGUCCAUGUGUUCAGUCGGCCAUGCUAUCAAGCGCAAGAUCGACUACUUCUCAAAAUGUGUUCACCUGAUGGAUUAUAGUGUUCUCAUGUUCAUCGAAGUGAUUGUUACCCAGUUAACGACUCUGCAAGACCGCGUUGGCCAUGUCCAGUCCCUUACAUCAGCUGUUAGUGAUCGUUUUAGUCAGCUGGUUGCCAAUCACCGAAGAUUCCUUAUGUUAACUCAGAUGUGUGGAGGAAACCAGGAGAGCAGCUCUCAACCCCUAAGAGAACGGCUAGAGGAUCUGGUCAACAACAAAGUUGAUGCUGAGAAAGCUGCCACACCAACCCUGGAGUCAUCACCCACCCAAUCACCAGCCCAGAGGCUUGAAGAGAUGAUGGGUGCCAUAGUCCUCGAGGAGACGGUGGUUCGUGACUCCCUCAAUGCCAUGCUGCCAGUCGUGAACCAGCUGUAUGAGAGGGUGGUCCGAGGCGGUCAGCUUCGUCGACAGUGGCAGCAGACUGGGAACAAUGCCUUGGCCGUGGAGAGGGCACCAAACAAAGCCUCUACUUAUGUCACCAAGCUCAGGGAGUCUUGGCAGCACUUGCUCAGAGAUAGAGCAGCGAGAACACUAACAUUUAACGAUGAGCAGUUCCACUUGCUGGAGAAGAUGAAAAUGAAAGAGACGGCAAAGUCCUUAGAGACCCUCCUGGCCUCCGUCACAGCUACACUUCACCACACUACAGAUAACUUGGCUGACUGGUGCAAAGUUGCCAAAGUCCAGAGAGUCCAGACUGAGAUUGAAGAGGCAGAUGUGGAGAAGCACGAGGGACUGUUGGCUUCUUUCCAGGACACCUUAGGCAACACAGAAGACCAGUACCACCAAACCCUCUCUGGACUCCUGGCAGCCAUAAAAGACAAGAAACUGCAAGAUGACCCAAGAUUACAAACUGAGAAUCCAGACACAGGGGCAGCCAAGAUCAACAAUGGAACAGGCAGCACGAAUGAGCCUAAAGAGACCCAAAAGUCAAAGAAAGAAAGUUUGAACAAGGCCCGGUUGAAACUCUCGUUGCGUGAAAUGUGUGAAGCUCAAGAAGAAGUUAUGAGACUGCUGGAGGAAAAUGGGACAAUUAUCAAGCGAUUCCAGCGCAUUACAAGUCAGUCUGAUCUAUCGGAAGAGCAUUAGGGAAACAAGCAUUAUUAGUGAGAUUCUUUUGUUAUAAUGUUUUAGGCAACAUCUGCAAGCACUUGAUUAAUUUGUUUAUUUGCUUAUUUUUCUUACUCAAGUUUUCAAGGUCAGUGGCUUAUAUUAUUGUACUUACCAUAAAGUGUUUCAAGUUUUUAUUUUAUUUAUUUAUUCAUUUAUUUAUCAUUAUUUCUUGACAUUUAAGUUUAUUAAACUGUAUUAUUGUACUUUAUGUGAACUGUUUCCAGCAGAUUUUGUAUAUAUUCAUUAACUGUACAUUAUCAUUUUGCAUUUAUUAAUGAUUCACUCUACUAGUUUGACAAAGUGUUUGGUGCAUUAGAUGAAAGAUUUUCUGAAAUCAAUUUGUUAAGAUAUUGAUGCACUGUUGCAUUACAUUUUCAAGAUAGAAUUUUAGAGAAAUGUAUAAGUGAUAGUAGAAAAUAUGAAUUAAUUUUUUUUUUUAUUGGAAAUAAUGUGAUGAGCGUCAGCUUUAAUUGUAGACAGUCAGAUUUAUCAUUGUUAAAAGUAGGAGAGAGAGGUAAUUCCAUGCAUUUUGUACCUGGUAAUACACAAAGAAGCAAAGACACUUGGUAGUUAUGGAAGGUCUCUGUAAUUUUUUUAUUGAUAUAUAAUUAUUACCACAGUGUCCUCAAUUGUCUUUGGUUGUUGAGAUGACACGUUGGUUUUCAUUUGUUGUAGAGUGGUCUCAUAGAUUGUUUACUUUUAGGUAUGCUGUUUUCUCAAGUACAGGACUCAGAACAAGGGUGAUUCUAUAAUCCCUGGUGUCAGGACUUGAGUGAAGGUGAUUACACAUGCCCUCCAAUCCAAAUGAGUGCAGUAAAUGUCUUAACAGUUCUAGCAAAAUCAUUGUAACCAUUUUUCUGAUUGCAAAGUUUAGGGUAUAUUUUAUCAACCUUUUUUUUCUUUAUAUGAAGUGUGAAAUAAAACAUAUUUGGGUGAACAGAUUGGUCGAGGGAAAUUCUAAAGUUGAUUUUAAUAUGUAUGUAUUAAUAAUCAUCGAAAAUAUAUAUUCCAUCCUUUUUUUAAACACAAUUCCCAAUUUAUAAAUUUGCAUUUUUAGGUAAUUUAAGUUUUCUUUCUGAUCUUGUCUUAUAUAGGAGACAAGAUGUGUUUCAAAUAUCUGGGACUCAAAAUGGAAUCAAACUGUGUCAAGAUGUACUCUGCUUGGUGGAGACCAUUCCUGCCCAUUUGGGAUGCAAAUAACAUGUGUAAAGGCAUCAUAAUGGAGCCAUUUAUUAUGAAGAAUAGCAUGACUCAAUUACAAAUCCUUUUUAUAAUACUUAGUCUCUAGGUUGCACACAAAUAUUGCAAGUUUAGCACCAUGAGAUUUCUGGGAGAGAACUGUAAAAUGUUUUCACCUGUAUUAUGUAUGUGAUUUUCUUUUCAUGUUAAUUUUAUUAUUAAGGUAAAUUACGUUUUCCUCUUUCCUGUCACAUUUCUAUAUAUCUUCUUCCUUUCAAGUAGAUGAUAAUGAUGAUCUUAAAAUAUAAACAGGAAAAGGUAAUCUCUUCAUCAGGUUUGCUCGGAUCUGCUUGGUGUUCUUUCAUUUCUUUGUAUCAUAGAUCAUUCUUUUUUGUGGUAUGUAAGUUUCAUCAGCAUUUUUCCUCUCAUGAUUUUUUGGCAUAAACUCGCAGAAGAGAUGAAAGAAUAUCGGUUUCUAGGAAUUUGAAGAAAGCACGAAAGGAUUACAUAUUAGGCUUGUGAUAAUCUUUCAGUAAUUCUAAAAUGCAAAAUUGAAUAUCUUGCUGAUGGUAAGUAGAGAUAAAAUCAAGCUUUGAACCCUGGACAAGAGAUAUAUGAAACCUAGAGGUUGAGAUUACUUUUUAUACUGGAAUUUUAGUGGCAGUAUCUGAGAUUGGAGGCAAACAAAUGGAUGGAACUGUGAUGAAAAUAAGAGAGAUGUGGACACUUUUAUACAAAUUAUUGACAUGUUAUGGGGCAUAGUGAUUACAUGUUUGAUUGUUGUAAAUAUUUAUAUAUAUAUGAUGGAAAUCUUUUAUAUUUUAUAAGCAGAGGAAAUAUACAUUUAUCUCUGUG